AUAACUUUUCACUUCAAAAUUUUUUUUGUUGAAGUUUGAUCGUUUUUUUGUCAAUUUGCAUUGCAUUUCGUUAAAAUUCUGUAAAAAAUUUAUAAUAAUCGUCGUGAAUAUUCUUCGAUAAGCUGAUAACCUUCUGUGUUCGUUUUCGCGCUGUCCGACCACUAAUGACUCAUAUUUAAAACAACCCUCGUAAAGCUGCGUAACGUUUCUUUUUCUCAGAAAUUUCACCACUCUGAAACACCAAGAUGUUAAUCAAAGUUAAAACUCUGACCGGUAAAGAAAUAGAAAUCGAUAUCGAGCCUACAGAUAAAGUAGAACGUAUCAAGGAACGAGUAGAAGAAAAAGAAGGUAUUCCUCCGCAACAGCAAAGAUUGAUAUUCUCCGGCAAGCAGAUGAACGAUGAAAAAACAGCUCAAGAUUAUAAAGUACAAGGAGGAUCUGUGUUACAUUUAGUUUUAGCUCUGCGUGGAGGUGAAACAUCGGUAUAACACGUACCCACAUCGUAUUAUCAUUUCAUUUUUUUAAAUGCCGGUACUUUUUCCGGCCUUAUUACUAGUCAUUCAUUCCCGUCAAUUAAUAUGAAAUUUCACCCAAGCUGCUGAUAUUGUUUCCUGAAAAAUGGCAGCAGGUUUUGAUUGGAAGAACGCUAAUGCCAAUUGUACUACCGCAUUGUAUAAAUAUUCAUUUGCGAAGGCUGUGCUGAAGUAAAUAGGCCUAAGUAUUGCGAUAUUUUGAAUUGGAAUUCGACUUCAUUGGCCAAAGUUCAAAUGUAUUCGUCGAUUUAUUAUGCUUUGUUUUUUGAACGUAUGAACACCUGAUGUGUUAAGAAACACCGCUAAGAUCUGGGCUUCUUUUUUUUGCUAAUGUAUUUUGAUUCAAAUAGAUAUUUCGUUGAAAUCCUACAACGUUGAGAAAUUAAAAUGAAUUCGAUAUGAAACCUAUGUAAUUAUGUAUAAACUUUCGUUAUAAUAUUAGUGAAUUUAUUUUUGUUUGAUGAAGUGAACUGCCGUGUACAAUGUUGAACUUAACGAUAAGAUCAAAGCAUUUAAGUAUACUGCGGAAUGAAUGACUAAUAACUCGUGUACUGUUAUAUUUUUUAUAUUUAAUAAUAAAACUAUUCGGCUUCUU